GCAGAUAUCGUGACCUACAGCAGUGAAUAUCAGCCAUGUUGUUAUCAAGUGACACCUCGCAGCAGGAAUGCGAUAUUAAAUUACGAAGCACAAACAUUUUGACGUGAAGAAAGAACUGUAGCAUCACGUAUUAUGCCUGUUCAUUCGCCAGCAUUGCCAGGCUGCUUUCUUAUCAAGAUCAUAGUGCUGUUAAUAUGCAGCUUGAGUAUUCUAACCGUCGUCUGUGAUGAAUCGAUCGAAGGCAAAUGUGUUAGCCUUGCGAAUGGACAUUUUGACUUCUGCACAAAAGGUGGAUACAACAGUACGCUAUCAUUUCCCAAGGAAUUCACAGCGAAGCGUCAAGCCGAAGUCGCUGGUUUUUUGACGUUCAUGAUAGAGGAGUGGAGAAAUUGCUCAACUCUUAGUCUGGUCACAGCGAUGGAAUGUUCGUUCUUAUUGCCCAAGUGUAGCUCGAAGGGAACGCGCGUCUAUCCUUGCAGGCGAGUAUGCGGAGAGCUUUUGAAGCAGUGUCAGAAUGACACAAGUGACUACCGUGAGCUAUACAUGGACUUGCUUCUAGCUUUGUGUUUGAUUCUACCAAAUGAAACAGCGAGUAGUGAGAAAUGCUUCGAGCCGCCUGGCUUCACUCCAAAUAACAACAUAUCGAGUCCUCUUGAUCGCGGCUGUCAAAACUUGAUCUUUCCCGCCUGCAAAAACCUGGGUUUUUACAAUCAUACCAUAUUUGCGGAGUCAGUUCAGAAGAAGUUUUACAAGAUCUUCUACAACAAGACAUAUGGCGACGGGCAAGAUUUAGAUCAAGAUUUUCCCUUUUUUGUGAGUAAACAGGCGGCAAAGUUUCCGGAUUGCUCAACAGACAUCAAAAAGUUAUUCUGUGGAGAGCUGUUCCCUCCAUGUUUUCCAGAGGAAGGGAGUCCCAAAUUAAAAACCUUGUGCAGAUCGGUUUGUGAUGAUAUUCAAAGGAAAUGUCCAGAUUAUUUCAGUGACAAUUUCAUGGGUGCAGAAAUAUGUGCCUUCCUAGCACCGGGUAACACGAGUCAUGGAUUUUGUGAUCGCACAGACUGGCCUGAACCAUUUUCGUGGCUGAGGUAUUAUAAAGAAGAUCGUUUUACAGAACCCAGCACAGAACCACCAUCAGUGGAACAUACAGAUGAAGGACCCAAAGGGUGGGUCGUUGCCGUGGCUGUCCUGACAACCCUCAUUAUUGUUGCACUCGGACUGGCGGCGCUCAUCUGGUGGAAGUGGCGCGGAGUUACUCCUGCUAGCUGGCUAGGUUACAAAAGACAACAAGAUUUCACAACCGAAGAGUAGGAAUAAAUUGUUUAAGGAUCUCAUUUUCUUUUUUUUGCAACAUCAAAGUCUAUUAAAAUUACUUGCUGGAAAAAUAUAGA